AUGGUCAACCUGGCCGCGCUCACGGACGACGUCCUGGCGGACAUCCUCCUCGGGGUGCAGUCGCCGCGGGACCUCGCGCGCGCCUCUGCGUCGUGCUCCUCCUUCCGUCGCGUCAUCUCCAACCCGCUCUUCCUCCGCCGGUUCGGCGCCGUCCACGCGCCGCCUCCGCUCGGCGUCUUCUGCUGCUACCCCGCCUGGGGCGGCGGGGUUGGUGGAUCCCAGUUCUGCGCAGCCCUGCCGUCGCACCCCUCGGCGGCCCUCGCCCGCGCGCUCGCCAGUUCAGCAGACUUCUGCUUCAACUUCCUCCCGCCGGCCGCCAGCGACUGGCUCGUCCGCGACUGCCGUGACGGCCGCUUUCUACUCGACCGCGUCCGGGACUUCUCCACGGCCUUCACCGAGGUCGCAAUCUGCGACCCCCUGUUCCGGAGGUACCGUCUGCUCCCGCCCAUCCCCAACGACCUCGCCGCUUCCGUGGAAAACCCCUACGUCCAGCGCGGCGGCGAUGGCCAAUUGCAGUCACGCAGCAGUGAAAUCUUCCUGGUUUCUCGUAGUGAUGAUAGUGUCAGUGAGAACGACACGGCGUUCACUGUGAUCUGGAUGGCAUGCUGUCGAGGGAAGCUGGUAGCGUUCUUUUACUCCUCAGAGUCACAGCAAUGGUGUGCACUUUCACCGCCUGAAUACUACGCUUUGAGCACGAGAAGAGUCAUGGGCGUUCGACUAGGACAGCGCAACCAUGCUCAUGGGUGCUUCUACUGGAUGGUAGCUCUCACACAUAGGUGGCUUGUGUUGGACACACGCAAAAUGGAGUUCUCCAUCGUGGACAUCUCACCUGUCCUGACAGGCCGUGCAAUGAUGUUCAGUAAUCAGAUUACCACUCUGGAGUCAAGCGAUGGCCGGACUACCGUUGUGGUCUCCGAUGUUUUCCGGCCAGAUAGAAGAUGCAUUCUGUAUUUUUAUACAUUCUUGUAUUUCAGCGACCGGUGGCAGCUUCUGAACAGAAUCACCUUGCCUGAGGAAUGGGGGUAUCGAUUUAGAGGCAUCAUAGGUGCUGCUGAGGGAUACUUAUUUAUAAAGCUAGAUGAUCCUAAGGAGAACCUGAAUGAUCAGAUUGAGCGACAUGUUGAGUAUUUUUCGCUUGAUGUCAAGACAAUGCAGCUUGGGAGUUUCUGUCGGACAACCCUUUUUACUGUGACUGAAGCCUACCUUUAUUGUGGUUUUCCCCCAUCAUUGUCGCUGCCUUCUAUAUGA